AUGGAAUCUAGCUCAUCGUCUGUCCCGGCGCCAGGCGCGUCUGCGUCAUCUACAGCCGCCAACCCCUCCGCCGAGUACAACUCUAGAUCAAAAACCGAGAACACCGCGGAGCGAAUACCUCAAGAAGCCCGACGUGGCCCGGAUGACAGAAGACCGUAUUCGAAGGAUUUUUCACGCGGAGGCGGGAGAGGUGGUAGAGGGGGUCGUCCAGGCAAGAAAAGAGAUAUGGGGAGGAACGAAUGGGCUAAAACAAAAGUAGACAAGCGGAAACGGAACGAUGAAGAGCAAGCCGCAAAGAAGCGCCGACUCGAUGAAGGGAAAGCCGAACUGCCGAUCUACGCUACCAAGUUCAGCGAGGAAGAUUUGGCGGCUGAAGAAAGAAAGCCCAAGAAGAAGGUUGCAGUCCUGAUCGGAUAUGCAGGGACAGGCUACCAUGGCAUGCAAUUGACAACCGACAAAAAGACCAUCGAGGGGGACCUUUUCAAGGCCUUUGUGACCGCGGGCGCCAUUUCGAAGGCCAACGCCGACGAUCCCAAGAAAUCCUCUUUUGUACGAUGUGCGCGGACGGACAAAGGUGUCCAUGCCGCAGGCAAUGUCAUUUCGCUGAAAUUGAUCAUCGAGGACCCCGAUAUUGUGAAGAAGAUCAACGAUAGUCUGACCCCGCAGAUUCGGGUUUGGGGGUUCGAGAGGACGAACAACAGCUUCAGCGCCUAUCAAGCAGUAGACUCGCGGAUUUAUGAGUAUCUGAUUCCCUCACACAGCUUUCUACCACCACAUCCGAGUAGCUUUAUGGGAAGGAAGCUCGAGGAAUGGGCGGAGAAAAAGGGCGACACGGAAGCAUACAGGAAAAGACAAGAAGAAGUUGAAGGGUUCUGGGAAAAGGUCGACGAAGAAGUGAUCAAGCCUAUCUUGGCCGAAUACGACGACGAUGUUAGGGCUAUUUUGGAAAAAGCGCUCUGGUUGAAAGGCGGGGAUCUGGAGGCAGAAUUUUCCGACACAAAGGCGCGACCAGACGUUGAGCCAGAUGCGGACACCAAAGCUCUCGAAAACCAGGCCGAGGAGGGUAAGGUGGAAGCCGCUGCCACAGUCUCAGGGGGCAUUCCUCAAGAGGAUGGUUUGGCAGUCAACGCCACCGAUUCUGAAGACAAGACGGAAAGUGCUGAAAAGACGACAGCUGCCGAUGAAGCCAAAACAGAGGCAGCGGCGGACACCAAUCCUGAGGCCAGUGACUCAACUGUCGCUGAGUCCAAACCGUCGCGGUCAGCAAUCCUCACCGAAGCAACAAAACGCAUCCGACAAGCAUACAUCAACGCGAAACGGUCCUAUCGCAUGCCCGCAGCCCGCCUCGCUCGAAUCCAGGAAGCGCUCAACUACUACGUCGGCACGAAGAACUACCACAACUUCACGAUCCAGAAGACAUUCCGAGACCCGUCGUCCAAACGGGUGAUCAAGUCCUUCGUCGUCAACCAGAAGCCCAUCCUCAUCAAUGGCACCGAGUGGCUCUCCAUGAAAGUCCACGGCCAGAGCUUCAUGAUGCACCAGAUCCGAAAGAUGGUCGGAAUGGUUGCUCUCGUCGUCCGUUGCGGCUGCGACCCUCAUCGCAUCUACGAGGCCUUGGGUCCAGAGAACAUCUCGAUCCCCAAAGCGCCCAGUCUGGGCUUGUUGUUGGAGAGGCCGGUCUUUGACUCGUACAACAAGCGGGCCAAGGGUGAUCUGGGCAAGGAGCGGAUCGAUUUCGACAAGUACAAGGAUGAAAUGGACCGCUUCAAACAGGAGCAGAUCUACGAACGCAUGUACCGGGAUGAAGAGAAGGAUAACGUCUUUGGCAACUUCUUCAACCAUGUUGAUGCAUUCCCUAGCGAGACGUUUCUGUUCGUUACGUCUGGCGGCGUCGAAGCCACCAAGAUCCCUAUCAAGCCUGAGGGAGAGGACAAGGGGACGGCCGAGAAGGCUCUGGUCGAUGUCGACGGGGAUCUGGACGGCGCGGAUGCUGAUAGUGAUGCGGAUGAUGUCGUCAAGGACAGUCAUGGCGAUGAGGGUUGA